AGACCACCCUCGCAUCUCAGCAUUCAGCUUACUAUCGGUCUCUGUCUUUGCCGGCUCAUAUCAUGGCGGCAGUGAGCAAUGGGAAUACUCCGUUGCCGGAAGAGGUGAGCAAACCCCCCGAGGGUGUAGUCUUGCCACCCAAGGAUAUUCGAGCAAUCGUCGAGAAAACCGCCGGCUACGUUGCUCGAAACGGCCCUGUCUUCGAAGACCGUGUCCGCGAAAAGGAACGCAACAACCCCAAGUUCUCCUUCCUCAAUCCAGAAGAUGCAUACGGCCCGUUCUACCAAUGGCGCCUCGUAGAGAUCAGGGAAGGACGAGGGACAGCCGUCUCCGCUGGUCGCGCCGGCGAGUCCGGCGCGGCCAGUGAGCCCGCAAAGCCGCAGGGACCGCCCGAACCGCCCGAGUUCCAUUUCUCCGCGCGGAUGCCCAUCAUCAACGCGCAAGAUCUCGAGGUCGUCAAGCUGACGGCCUUGUUCGUCGCCCGACGAGGCAAAUCGUUCAUGACGGCGCUGUCGCAGCGCGAAGCGCGCAACUUCCAAUUCGACUUCCUCCGCCCGCAACACAGCUUGUACUCGUACUUCACGCGACUAGUGGACCAGUACAUCAUCCUCCUCCGCGCCGAGGGCAUCGACGCCGCGACAACGGAGCAGAGACGCAUCGCGGAUCUGGAGCGCAACACGCAGAACAAGUGGCACAUGCUCGAGCGGGCCAAGCAGCGCGCGGAGUGGGCCAAAUACCAGGAGCAGCAGAAGCAGAAGAAGGAGGAAGCGGAGGAGCAGGAGCGGAUCGCUUACGCGGAGAUCGACUGGCACGAUUUCGUGGUGGUCGAAACGGUGCUCUUCACGGACACGGACGAUCAGAUCGAGCUGCCGCCGCCGACCUCGCUCAACGACCUGCAGUCGGCCUCGCUAGAGCAGAAGGCGAUGAUGUCGCUCAACCCGCUGCGCAUCGAAGAGGCCAUGCCCACCGACUUCGGCGCCGAAACCUACUACAACGCCUACCCGCACCCGCACUUCCCCGAACAGGUCUCGCAGCCCUUCGUCCCCGAGCCCACCCCAGCCCCCCCGGUCAACCCUGUCGCCGGGCCCGUCUUCCCCCCGCACGUCGGCCUCCCCUUACCGAUUGCGCCGCCGCGGCCCACGGCCCCGGCCUCAGCCUUCUCAGCCGCCCACCAGGAAGAAGAGCGACGGAUUCGCGAACGCAUGGAAGCACGCGACCAAGCCGCGGCGCUCAAAGCCAGUCAGCAGCAGCAUCAACAACAACAACAACAACAACAACAACCACCGAUGCGCAUCCGUCAGGAUUACGUUCCUCGCGCACAGGCCCGCCGCCAGGGCGCCAGCGGCGCCACAGCGCUGUGUCCGAACUGCCACCAGCAGAUCCCCGUCGCCGAGCUGGAGCAGCACAUGCGCAUUGAGUUGCUCGACCCGCGCUGGAAGGAGCAGCGCGCCAAGGCCGAGUCCCGCAGCGCCACGACGAACCUGUCGACCGCGGACGUCGUCAACAACCUUAAGCGUCUGGCCAGCCAACGCAGCGACGUUUUCGACGCGUCGACCGCUAACGGCGCCGCCGCACCUACCGCCGCCGAGGACGACGCCCGCCGGAAGAAGAUGGCCUACGAAGGUGCGCACGGGCAGGGUCCCGUCCCCGUCGGGCCCAUGGGUGGUCCACCCAACCCGCAGACCAUGAGCGUGGAGGAGCAGAUCCGCCGGAUCCACGAGCGACAGGGCGGUAUGCAUCGGUAGACGAGGGUACCUUCACGGGAAGAAGGAGACGUAUCUUCGGGGUCGUUUUCCAGAGUUGUUGAUUCGCUUACACUGGGUAUGGUAUAGCGCAUUGGGGAAAUUCGCGGUCUUUCUUUUUUUUUUUCUCUCAAAUUUGUUUCAUCCAUGGAGGGCGUUAUCAGUUUAUUCUUGCUGCACCUUUUUCAUCCUCUUAUUGGAGUAUGUAUAACUUAACUCACCGGUCUUUUAUGGAUGCAAAGACACGGAACGCAACGGCUAUCCGCU